GUUACCCCGAGACCCGCCGCUUUCACGACCCGGCUCCAGAGCGAUGGCCGGGAGUGGGCGGCUGGCUUUGCGGACGCUGCCCGUGCCGGGCUGGGUGCGGGGUUCGAGCCCCGCCGUGGUGAGCCGUUUGCGGGAUGAGGCCGUGGUGCGGCCGGGCUUCCUGAGCGCAGCCGAGGAGGAGACGCUGAGCCGUGAGCUGGAGCCCGAGCUGCGCCGCCGCCGCUACGAAUACGAUCACUGGGACGCGGCCAUCCACGGCUUCCGGGAGACGGAGAAGGCGCGCUGGUCAGAGGCCAGCCGGGCCAUCCUGCAGCGCGUGCAGGCGGCGGCCUUUGGCCCUGGCCAGACCCUGCUGUCCUCGGUGCACGUGCUGGACCUGGAGCCGCGGGGCUACGUCAAGCCCCAUGUGGACAGCGUCAAGUUCUGCGGAGCCACCAUCGCGGGCUUGUCCCUGCUCUCCGCCAGCGUCAUGCGGCUGGUGCACACCCAGGAGCCGGGGCAGUGGCUGGAACUUUUGCUGGAGCCCGGCUCCCUCUACAUCCUUAGGGGCUCGGCCCGCUAUGACUUCUCCCAUGAGAUCCUGCGGGAUGAAGACUCCUUCUUUGGGGAGCGGCGGAUUCCGCGGAGCCGGCGCAUCUCGGUGAUCUGCCGCGCCCUCCCUGAGGGGACGGGGCCGGGGGAGCCCCCGCCAGCCUGCUGACCCCCCACCCCCGCCCAGGCCUGUGCGCCAGCUCCUCGCCGAGGCCCCACUGGGGAACCAGACUGGAGAAUGGACGACGCGGACAUCCUCGCCCUGGCUGUGUUCAGGACGCUGGGAUGGGGAGGUGGGGGAAGGCGGUGGCCCUGGGUGGCGCGCACACACCGGCUGGAUGAGUCCCAGGGCCAGCAGAGCGAGUUUCCUUUAUUGUGUCGGUUGCUGGUGCCCCAGCCCGCCUCCCCUUCCAUGCUGUCCCGUGGGCACCCACAUCUCCAAUAAAUAAGUCGGACGAGCUCCA